CAGAAGGCCAAAUCCAGACCCUGCACCAGGCUACGUGUUUCCAGUUCCACCCCAGAGUAUAUCCCAGUCCAGCUGGCUCUUCGGGACAGGAGUGACAGAUAGGUCCUGACGACAAGAGCAGAAAGUGGUCCGUGCAGCACAGGACACAAAUCCUCACCCUGGGAAAAGCAGCUUCCAACCUCACCCCCCCAAACCCCCAGAGGCUGGCCUAGCCACACCCUGCCACUUCUCUCCAGGCAGCAGGGCUUCCUUUCCAGAGUAGGAGGGGUGGGGUUGGGGAGGAGCCUGGGAAUUAGGGACAGACACUGAGCUUUUCAAGCAAGAACUGUUCCCCAUCUACUGCCAUCCCUCCACUAGCCCCAGCUAUGCAGGGAGCCUGGGUGCUGCUGCUGCUGCUGCUGCUGGGUCUCAGGCUACAGUUGUCCUUUGGUGUCAUUCCAGUGGAGGAAGAGAACCCAGCAUUCUGGAACCAGAAGGCAAAGGAGGCCCUAGAUGUUGCCAAGAAGCUGAAGCCCAUUCAGACAUCAGCCAAGAACCUCAUUAUCUUCUUAGGGGAUGGGAUGGGGGUGCCCACAGUGACAGCCACCAGGAUACUAAAGGGACAGCUGGGUGGUCAUCUAGGACCUGAGACACCCCUGGCCAUGGACCACUUCCCAUUCACAGCUCUGUCCAAGACAUACAACGUGGACAGACAGGUCCCAGACAGUGCAGGCACAGCCACCGCCUAUCUCUGUGGGGUCAAAGCCAACUACAAGACCAUCGGUGUGAGCGCGGCUGCUCGAUUCAACCAGUGCAACAGCACAUUUGGCAACGAGGUCUUCUCAGUGAUGCACCGUGCAAAGAAAGCAGGGAAGUCUGUGGGAGUGGUGACCACCACGUCGGUGCAGCAUGCCUCUCCAGCCGGCACCUACGCACACACAGUGAACUGUGACUGGUACUCAGAUGCACACAUGGCCACUGCUGCACUACAGGAGGGCUGCAAGGACAUCGCCAUGCAGCUCAUCUCCAACAUGGACAUUGAUGUGAUCCUUGGUGGGGGCCGCAAGUUCAUGUUUCCCAAGGGGACACCAGACCCUGAGUAUUCCGGCAACAGAGCUCAGUCUGGAACCAGGCUGGAUGGACAGAAUCUGGUGCAGAAGUGGCUGGCAAAGCACCAGGGCGCCCGGUAUGUUUGGAACCGCACAGAGCUCAUUCAGGCCUCCCAGGACUCAGCAGUGACUCACCUCAUGGGCCUCUUUGAACCUAAUGACAUGAAAUACGACAUCUACCGAGACCCUACUCAGGAUCCCUCCCUGGCCGAGAUGACAGAGGUGGCUGUGCACAUGCUCAGUAGGAACCCCAAAGGUUUCUAUCUCUUUGUGGAAGGGGGCCGCAUUGACCAUGGCCACCAUGAAUCUAUAGCCUAUCGUGCACUGACUGAGGCUGUCAUGUUCGACUCAGCUGUUGACAAGGCAGACAAGCUCACCAGUGAGAAGGACACAAUGAUCCUUGUCACUGCUGACCACUCUCAUGUCUUCUCUUUCGGUGGCUAUGUACCUCGAGGGACCUCUAUCUUUGGACUGGGGGCCUCCUUCAAUGCACUGGAUGGCAGACCUUUUACCUCAAUCCUAUAUGGCAACGGUCCUGGCUAUAAACUUGAGAAAGGUACCCGGCCAGAUGUCACUGACAAAGAGAGUCGUGACCCCAAGUACCGGCAGCAAGCAGCUGUACCCCUGUCGUCAGAGACCCACAGUGGGGAGGACGUGGCCAUAUUCGCGCGUGGCCCGCAGGCGCACCUGGUGCACGGAGUGCAGGAACAGAACUACAUCGCUCACGUCAUGGCCUUCGCAGGCUGCCUGGAGCCCUACACCGACUGCGGCCUGGCGCCCCCUACUGGUCGGAGCAGUGCAGUGAGCCCAGGCUACAUCUCGACCUUGUGCCUUUUGGCAGGGACAAUGUUGAUGCUGUUGGUGUCAGCUGAACCCUGACUACCUGAGCUUACUGGACUCUACUACACUGUCCCACAGCUGCCCCUGUGUUCCAGGCUGUGGUGGUUUGAAUAUGGUUGGCCCAGGGAGUGGCACUAUUAGGAGGUAUGGCCUUGUAGAAGGAAGUGUGUCACCAUGAGGGUGGGCAAUGAGAUCCUCUUCCUAACCACAUGGCAGCUGAUCUUCUAGCAGCCUUCAAGUGAAGAUAUAGAACUCUCAGCUCUACCUGUCCAUGCCUGCCUGG